AUGAAGCGACACCCUCCUCCGACGGAUGAGUGGCAAAUCAAACGAUCCCGAGUUGAUGACGCCUGUCUUUCCAAAGUCAUGCAACACGAGACAGUGGCCUGGAAGUCGUUCCUGCGGUUAAACGAGGCGCAGCUGUUAAACGAGGCAUGGAUGGGUGAGACAUGGAUUGGCGAUGAUGGGUUUCUGCAGAGAGCCGUGCCUCCAAUCCCCAUGCCUCUUAAAUUUUACAUCCAAGAAGUGUUGAGUUCUACCGGCACCUUGGAGGACUUGUCGGAAGAGGCCGCACCCUUGAUGCAAGAUCACACCGAGUAUGUGAGGAAGGUGGUCUCAAGUUUACAAGAAGGCGUUUUGGUACUGUUCUACUUUGACAGUGAAGUGAUUGCCAUUAAUGGCCAAAUUUCCCUGCAGCGCAGCCUUCAAGUGUGCGCUGAAGAACUGGAGAUGUUCACCCGCUGCUGUCAAAGUAGGGGCUUUCCAAAGAGCAAGGUGUCCUCACUGAUGAAGAGUGUAUCAGCCCAGUUGCUGGCCCCAGUGGAAGAGUUGAUCCGCUUACACCCGUGGAUUCUGAUCGUCCCUGCUGGAACGAGGAUGGCCAGGAUUCCUUUUCAGUGCUUGCAGCUGGGUGGCGACCUACUUCUCACAUCCAAAGUCGUCACCUAUGCCAACUCUCUCACAGAAAUGUCUUUGCUAUCUCCACAAAGUGUUCUGGGUGAGGGACACGAGAUUCAAUCCGCUGUCGUCCUAUCAUCUCCAAUUGGAGCUACCUUGCCAGCUGGUAGCAAGGAGCCUGGGAAAGCAGGUGCCCCGAUGCCUGAGCUUCCCUAUGCCGCAUGCGAGGGGCGUUUGAUCUCGAAGCUUUUUUCAGCCAGUGGGGUAUGUCACAAACUUGAAGAAGGCGAGCUAUUUUCAGAACAAGUGAACGGCCUACGGUCACAUUUGCAACAGAGCAAGGUGGAUCUAUUGCACCUUGCCUGUCACUUUGUUGUGACUGAGCCUAUCGACCAGUCGUCCUUUCGCUUAUCCAAUGGAAGCCACUUGAGCGUCCAAGAGCUGGCAGACUGCAUCCCUGGCGGGCUCCGCUUGUGCUUCUUCUCUGCAUGUGCAGUGGGCUCCUUGAGCGUGCCAAGCCUCGGCUUAAGCGACUUGGUGGUGUCACAGAUUAGCCCGAGGAGACCCGGGGCGGUGGUGACCACGGAUUCUUGUCCUGCUUCAGCCAAGGAUUGGAAGGUCCCUGAUGCGGCCGCCCUGGCACUGAGCAGAGGCCUCUAUGAGCAGUGGUUCUCCUCCCGGGCUGCUGUGGGUGAACUUCUGCGUGCAACUCAGUGCGACUUGAGCAGGCAAAAGGCUCAGCAGAUCAUUCAGAGUUCUCGAAGCUUUGUCGAGCAGGGCUGUGAAGAUCACGACGCUGCUGCGGGACUGCUUUUGAGAGGUCUCUCCGCCGAAGCGGCCAAGGUGGAGGAUGCCACCGGCCCGUCAGAGCUAUCUGGGGGUGGUUCCAAAUUUGCAAGCGUGCCGUUUUGGUGGGGCGCCUACCGGAUCUAUGUGAACGCAUUGAAGUGCGACAUCGUAGGCAAGUCAGAGUCACGGCACGCGGAGAACGCUGCACAUGCCCUCGUGUCAAGCAUGGACCUCCGCUGUUAUGCUCAGCCGGUGAAAUCGCUGCUCCUUUCAACCUGGGGCAGUAAUAUCGUGCUUUCGAUGACACUAGCUCCAGAAGGCGUGCUUCAUGGCAUUCUGGAGAUCUGCUGCUGGAGGCAAAGUCAAAGUAAAACCUUACAGCGCUCUGAGGGUCUGCCAGAGAUUCGGGCGAUGGGUGUUUGUGCUGCAAAGAAUGUGCUUUGUGUCGCGGCGGCAAGGACGUUAGCUGCUCUGAACCAGAAUUUGGAGAUGCUGUGGCGAAGUGAUUUGGAACCAGGCGACAUGCUUAACCUCCACAGUCUUUGUUUCUCCGCCUCAGGGGCAUCACUCUAUUUGCAGCAACGGACGCAUUUGCGAGUUGUGACACCAAAGGCGCAGGAGGGCUGGCUCGUGACGGCUAUCCAGGAGUGUUCGCCUGAAGUGCUUAGGCUUGCCUUGCCUAUGAGUUGCUCCUUCGAGGACGGCAUUCCAUUGAAAGGGCACUGCAGGCUGGAUUUUCUCAGUGGCAUUGAGGUAAAGAGCAUGCUUUCCAUGAGAUCCCAGUUUCAUGAGUGUGAUGUCCUUGUCAUCACAACACCUUACUUCAAAGAAGAGGAACGACAGAGCGUCAGGGUGAAGCCCGGGCUGUUGGGCUUGCGUUUGGAUGAAGUUGAGGAAGGCCUUGAAGUUUUAGAAGUCAAAGAUGGUGCUCAAGAGUCGCUCAUCGAAGCUUGCGUUGCAAAAGGAUACGCUGUGCGUUGCUUUGCUGGCCUUGAUGCACGGGGAUGGUCACUGCGAGAUCUGGAUGAAGAAAAGCAUGCACAGCACAAUGACUAUGACAUAUCUUUCACUCUGCCAAAGCCGGAGCUUGAAGACGAACCCAGCUGCCAAGUGAAGAUCUUUUCAGAAAGAACACACCAGUGCCUGGCAAGAAUCUGCUUGCCGUACUUUUUAGGUGGUGGUUAUCCAGAAUCAGCAAGCAACGUGGCGCAGUUGCCGGAGUGUGACGAGCUCUUAGUCGGAGCUGCAUUGUCUUUGGUCCGAUUCAACACCGCUGGCGAGGUGCUACAACGCGUGCCUUUGCUGAUCCUGCCGGCAUCGUUGACGAUUGCCGGCGGCUUUUUGAUGAUGGCUUCGGAGAAGCACCUUUUUGGCGCCUGCACGGAGACAUUCCUUUCAAGGACAUGUGUUGGGUUUGAUCCAGAAAAUCCUCCUGCUGCAGAAGCACCGGAGCACCUGGUUCGGGCACCUGAGGUCUAUGAGGAUAUGACCCGCUUAGUCAAUUCAGGGUGGGAGGAGAUGAGUGUGCCGGAAAGUGAUGAGUCCGAGCCGAAGCCAAGGGACUCUGACGCCGAGGACUCUGACUCCACAGUUGACGCAGACAGAGCAGAAUGUUCGCCGUUUUUGCACUCCUGCCACCCUCAUCCUAUUGUCCUUAGACGGUGUUCUGGUGAAGGACAGACUGCUUGGCGUGACGUUUGUUGCGUUUGCUGGCGCUUGAACCCUCCAAAAUUAUUCUGCUGUGCAGAAAGUCCAGGGGUCCAGGCACGGGGCAUCGGGAGGAUGCAUAUGAAUGAACAUGGCAAUUGGGAGUACAGCGAAGAGGGAAGAAGGGCUCGCGCAUGCGACUUCGACAUCUGCCCUGAGUGCCUCGCACUUGCCAGCAAGGCACACUGCGCGAGCAUGAGCUCAGGGAAACUCGCUCUUGCGACAUGA